CCACUCGUCGACCCAGAGCACCUGAAAGCUCAUCUCGGUCUGCUUGGCGCCUUCAAGGAGCUGAGGCAAAGAGUGGAGUCGUGUUCUGACGAUUAUUUGCCGCAGAUCGCGCAAUUCCUGGACGGCCCCCAGAGAUGGGCAUGGUUCGUCGGAUUAGCCGUGGAACGGUUCCAUCGUUGGGUCAAGCAUGUUAAACAUACAGAGCUCGCUACUUGGGUGAUGGAGGAAGUACCGCCGCUGGAUGUUUUGAUGAUAUGGCAUGCUUACAUGCUGAAUCCGAUUUGGUAUGCCGAGGAUUGCGAUAGGAUUCCCGUACUAGCAACGUUAAGGUCGCUCGAUAGCUCCUUCAUUCCAGCUGUGAUACUCAUGGACGACCUGACGCUGUAUGAACCAUGUGAAGAACGGAUGCUUUCAUGGUUUGAGCAGACGGACACGCCAUUCGACCCUUUGUCUUCCAUGAGCUGUCUAUUGUACCGUGCUGUUCGUUGCCCGAGAUGCGGACGAAUGAAUGAUGUUCCCUUCCUAGAUAACGAAGGAUUGGGAUACUCACAACGAGGCUUCCGCUACGCUUGCGUGUGCGGUAUAUUCAUUACGAAGACUGCCCUUGCCAUGGACAAGUUUGCAGGCGAUGUCGUGUCGCACCACCGACCCAUCCACAUAGAACCGGACAAGUGCCUUGCUGGCACGCUCCACACUCGGGAUAAUUCUAGAGACUGGAAUCGUGCUGUCGCGAUCAAGACUAAACUCAUAGGUGACCCAGGCAGUGUGUUUCGUCCCGCACAUAAGGUAAACCCUCAGUUUCUGGUGUUUGUGUCUGAUGAUGACAUUCAACGAGGUCAUGCGCAGCGAGUGGAAAAUGCCAGACUGGGCAGAGUUCUCAACGCAUACACAGACGAUAGGCCGUUCUCUGUGGACCUCGCAGCAGCAGUAUUGCGACAGGGCAAGUUCAUCGAAGAAAUGGACAACUUGGGGUGGCUAGCACAGGGAUAUUUCGACUGCAAACAGAACGAGAUCUUGUUGGCACAUGCGCUCGCUCGGUAUCAUGCGUUCCUUGACAUGUUGUCGUCGGCUUCGACCUCCUACUUCGUCCCGACACUAGACAUAGACCUCGUAUGGCACACGCACCAGCUCAAAGGUGAUGGCUACAUGAAGGACAGCAAGGAGUUCGUUGGAUGGUACGUCGAUCACGACGAUAGGGUAGAGGAGAUCAACCUUGCGCAAGGCCUCGACGAGACAUGUCGUGUAUGGCAGGCAAGUCGCAUCCUCCACACAGCCGAACGUUACGGCCUGCCCUACAUGCACUGCGGCUGCCCGCUCCCCGACGAAACGAUGAGCAGCAAGCUCCACCAAUUCACCCGCCGCCUCGGAUCGUCCAAGGACAAUGGCGCCCUACAACCGCCGCCGCUGCCCAGCGCGACCGAGGCCACGCACGCGAGCGAGCACAACGCCGUGCGCGCUGCGCCUCGCAAGAUCCACCCCUCGUACGCCGCCGCCAACGGCCCACGCGAGCUCCGCGCACUGGAGCUGCGCCGGCGGCGGGAGCGCGACGGGCGGCGGGUGCUGGAGGGCAAGAUGGACGAGGAGCUGUACCGCCGCGGGCAGGCGCACAUCAGUACGUACCUCAUGCCGCUGCCGUUCGCGCAGGCUGGCCCGGGGCCAACCGAGCGGUACGCUGCGCCGUGUGUCGUCACCUUCCCUGGUGCUUAUGGGACGACCGGGGUGGGAACGUGCAUAGUGGGAAUCAAUCGCCAUUUGUAACCUGAGUAAGCGGCAGUCAAGGAGGUCUUACCCAACGGAAUCUAGACGAUCCAUAUUCAUGUUGAUACCCGGAAGUGUCAUUCAUUGUACCACCACCAAUGCGCAACCGACGACG